CUUAGAAUUACCAAAGAUUGAGUUAAGCUACUUUGAUGGACAACCCCCUGAAUACUGUUAGAAAAUGACAUCAUCUGCCAAGAAAAAGGAUGCUAAGCUAACGGAAGAGACGAUAACAGAAUAUAAGGAGCAAUAUGAUGUAUUAGACCCUGAUAAAACGGGAAAAGUACCAGCCGCAGAAAUAACCUUAUUAAUAAGAAGAGUGGGUCUGAUGCCAUCAAACUUAGAAAUCGAAGAGUUGAUCAGUGAAGUGGACAAGGAAAAGACAGCACUUAGUGAAGGUAUGACAUUUGAUCAGUUUUGUAAAAUAGCAUCAAGAAAGUACAAUGAUAUAUACACAGAAUCAGAUAUUAUCGAAGCUUUUCGUACAUUUGACGUUGAAAAUAAUGGCUUCAUCCCAGCUUCUGAACUUAGUCGUGCACUUUGUACACUGGGUGAAAGUCUGACUGAAGUGGAAAUGGAAGCAAUGCUAAGUAAAGCUAAAGUCGAUAGUGACGGUAACGUACACUACGAAGAAUUUGUUCGAUCUAUAACAUCGGGCCUAUGACAAAAGCAUCCAAUGUGAAUAAAAAUGUCAAGAAUACCAUGAUUUCGAAAACUUAAUUAUUUUUUUGUCUUUUUAGCACCGUACUUGUAGUACAUACAUACCUAAUUGUCUUAAAUAAACUUUGGAAAUUUAUUCUUUC